GUCUUUACUUCUUUCGAAAUUUCGAAUUUCAAAUUCCUCCAACGUUCCUCUCCAUCGCCUUAUCCUCACUCCCUCUGUAUUAAACUCUCAACUGAACACUUCAUCAUCUUCCCCAACGCUCCCCUCUUAUGCAAAUUCAUCCAAAUGCAGCUGACUUUGUCGAACAUCUUCAUACCCCACCUCAGCCCUCCAUUAUCAGGAGCUUCAGCAGCUGCUUGAGUGAGGUUCUCGUGAGAUAUAUAUUCUUGAAAGUGGAGAUUUUUAGGGGGUAAAGAGAUCAUGUCAGCUCAAUUCCGCUCCUCUGUUCAUCGAGGGAAUCACGGGCAAGACGAGUUUGACGGCGGGGUCGAGUUUGCUAACUACACUGUCCAUAUACCGCCCACGCCUGAUCACCAGCCAUUGUAUGACUCCGUUGAGCCCUCGACGGCUGAGAGAGUAGAGGACCUUUACGUGUCCAACUCCCUGUUCACUGGCGGCCAUGGUUUCCCCACGAGGGCCCACUUCAAGGACAAGGUGACCAACUCGGUCUCAAGCCACCCCCAGAUGGCAGGGGCAAAAGGGUCGUCUUGUUCCAUCCUCGGGUGUGACGGGAAGGUCAUGACCGAUGAACGAGGGGCCGAGAUUGUUCCGUGCGAGUGUGACUUCAAGAUUUGCUGGGAGUGCUAUCGGGAGAUUUUGAGAGAUGGGGACGCGAUUUGUCUCGGGUGUAAGGCGCCGUAUAGCGGGCCAGAAGCAACCGAGGAGCCUGACAUAGGCCCCAUAAGGCGGCGGUACUCGUCCACGGGGCUGUCGAAGAAGGAAAGGAGGCUGUCCAUGAUGAGAUCGAGAAUGUCGUUGGAUAGGAAGGGGACAGACGACUUUGAUCACAAGAACUGGCUGUUCGAGACAAAAGGAAGUUACGGGUAUGGAAGCGCUAUGUGGCCCCAAGCUGAUAUGAAUGGCAACUACGACGGAUUCGGGAAUCCUCAGGUCCUUUACGAAAAUCGAUGGAGGCCGAUUACUCGUAAGUUGAACGUUUCCACAACAAUUCUCAGCCCGUACAGGCUCUUAAUCUUUGUUCGAGUGGUUGUUCUCGGACUGCUACUGGCAUGGAGGAUCAGGCAUCCAAACGAAGAGGCAAUGUGGUUGUGGGCGAUGUCGGUAAUUUGCGAGGUUUGGUUUGGGUUCUCGUGGCUAUUAGACCAGCUCCCGAAGCUCUGUCCUAUCAACCGGACCACUGAUCUUGAAAUCUUGAGGAUGAAGUUCGAGACUCCAAGCGGAAAAUCCGAUCUUCCGGGCAUUGAUGUCUUUGUUUCCACUGCAGACCCUGAGAAAGAGCCACCUCUAGUCACUGCAAACACGAUCUUGUCGAUUUUGGCUGCUGAUUAUCCCGUUGAGAAGCUGUCCUGCUAUGUAUCUGAUGAUGGAGGCUCCCUUCUGACCUUUGAAGCAAUGGCUGAAGCUGCUAGUUUUGCGAACUUGUGGGUCCCAUUCUGUCGCAAGCAUGACAUCGAGCCGAGGAAUCCCGAAUCUUACUUCAACCUGAAGAGGGAUCCGUAUAAAGAUAAGGUACGGACUGAUUUUGUUCGAGAUCGCAGGCGGGUCAAGAGGGAGUAUGAUGAGUUCAAGGUUCGAAUCAAUGGCCUUGGUGACUCCAUAAGGCGACGAUCGGACGCAUAUAAUGCAGCAGAGGAGAUCAAGGCUGUUAAGUUGCAGAAGAAGGACGGAACAGAAGGUGGGAUUGACCAGCUGAAGAUCCAGAAAGCUACUUGGAUGGCUGAUGGGACACACUGGCCCGGCACUUGGGCGAGUCCCACGGCCGAACACUCCAGGGGAGAUCAUGCGAGUAUCAUACAGGUGAUGCUGAAACCUCCUAGUGAUGAGCCUCUUCGCAGCAAAGAAGUCGAUCAAUCCUCAAUCGACCUGACGGAAGUAGACAUUCGGCUUCCUAUGCUGGUCUACAUAUCUCGUGAGAAAAGACCGGGCUAUGACCACAAUAAGAAGGCAGGGGCCAUGAAUGCUCUUGUUCGUGCCUCGGCGGUAAUGUCCAACGGGCCUUUCAUCCUCAACCUCGACUGUGACCACUACGUCUACAACUCCCAGGCCUUGAAGGAAGGCAUGUGCUUCAUGAUGGACCGAGGGGGGGACCGGAUCUGCUAUGUCCAGUUCCCACAGAGGUUCGAGGGCAUCGACCCAUCGGACCGCUAUGCCAACCACAACACUGUCUUUUUCGAUGUGAACAUGCGUGCUCUUGAUGGUAUCCAGGGCCCAGUUUAUGUUGGGACCGGGUGCCUCUUCCGUCGAACUGCACUCUACGGGUUUGAUCCUCCUCGGGUCAAGGGAGAGAAAACCGGCUCAGGCUUCUGGAGCCGGUUCUUCUCAAGCAAGACUGCGGGUACUACUACCACGCAGAGAGUUUCUCCCGAUGAAGGAAAUCCAUCCCUCCGCGUCGAAGAUUACGAAGAUGCAGACAACCUUGCCCUUCUUCUUCCUAAGCAGUUUGGUAACUCGACCCUCUUUGUUGAUUCUAUAUGCAUAGCAGAGUUUCAGGGCCGACCAUUGGCGGACCACUCAUCGAUCAAGAACGGGCGGCCCCCGGGGGCCCUCACGAUCCCUCGGCAGCUGCUGGAUGCGUCAACUGUUGCAGAAGCAAUCAGCGUGAUCUCGUGCUGGUAUGAGGACAAGACUGAGUGGGGCUUACGCAUCGGUUGGAUAUACGGGUCCGUGACUGAAGAUGUCGUUACCGGAUAUAGGAUGCAUAACCGGGGAUGGAGAUCAGUGUACUGCGUCACUAAGAGAGACGCAUUCCAUGGAACCGCCCCGAUCAACUUAACAGAUAGACUCCACCAGGUCCUGCGAUGGGCCACCGGGUCCGUCGAGAUAUUCUUCUCGCGCAACAAUGCCUUGCUUGCCGGGCCAAGGAUGAAGUUCCUGCAGAGGAUCGCCUACCUGAACGUCGGGCUAUACCCGUUCACCUCUAUCUUCCUCAUCGUUUACUGCUUCCUUCCCGCAUUGUCCCUCUUCUCGGGACAGUUCAUCGUUCAGUCCUUGAAUGUGACUUUCCUGACAUACCUACUCGCGAUCACCGUAACCCUGUGCAUCCUCGCAAUGCUCGAGAUCAAGUGGUCAGGUAUUGGGCUUGAGGACUGGUGGAGGAACGAGCAGUUCUGGGUGAUCGGUGGAACGAGUGCCCACAUCGCCGCGGUCCUACAAGGCCUAUUGAAGGUGAUUGCAGGGAUUGAGAUAUCCUUCACUCUGACUUCGAAAUCAGCUGGGGACGACAUCGACGACGAGUUCGCCGACCUCUACAUUUUCAAAUGGACGUCCCUCAUGAUACUCCCCAUCACGAUCAUGCUCACCAACCUGAUCGCGGUCGCGGUGGCUCUGUGCCGCACGAUAUACAGCAUCAUACCACAGUGGAGCCGACUUAUUGGGGGUGUGUUUUUCAGCUUCUGGGUCCUCGUACAUCUCUACCCUUUCGCAAAGGGGCUGAUGGGAAAGCGAGGGAGGACGCCCACGAUUGUGUUCGUCUGGUCGGGACUUAUCGCCGUCACGAUCUCUCUCCUCUGGAUCUCGAUCAAGCCCCCCUCGGGCGCGAAUCAGAUCGGAGGAUCCUUCCAGCUGCUGUGAAGUACGUGCUUUUUCCGAUUCCGGGGAAAUCCUCACGCCCCUCCUAUAUAGUAGUCAGGCUAAGUUGGUAGUAUAUUGCUCGUUACGUGACUGUUGUUCCGACAGUUAGUCAAUCUCGGUGCUUGUUGGGUGAAAUUUGGCACUUUUUGUUCUUCUUGACAUCCACAAUGGCCUAGGUGGUGUUAUGUUGUAUCUGCAGUAAAUGUGUUCAAGAUGUUUUCAUGACAUGUUUUCCCGAUCAAUUACGUGAUUAAGCUUAAUGUUGACAUCGGUCUUAGUGGACUGUUCGAUUACGUGA